UGUGGUUUUCAUGGAGUUACUUCCGCGUAGGUGUUUCGUUGCAAGUGGAAGUGAACUCCACAAUGAACAGCCCCAUACAGUCAUGGAAAUAUUAAUGCUAUGAUAUUUUACCACAAUUGCAAAUCAUCGUAUUCUCCUCGUCUUCCAAAAACGCUCUUGUCUUAGACGUUAUCAGUACGGGAACAGUAAAGUUAGCUACCAGGCUGGCUGGUAACUCGUCACUUUGCGUUGUGGAAUGGAGUGUCUAUGUGAAAUUAUUCAAUGUUUAGUUGCGUUGUCAGUGACUGCUUUGCUUAUGGUUCUGCUGAUAGCUCAUCUAACAGCCGGUAUGGUGGACCUGAUCCGUCACGAGAAGGAGAAGUUUUUCCUGACCGCGGCUGGCGAGAAGAGGCCUUUCCCUAGCAUUCGAGACCCCAGCUCCCUGGACCUUUCCGUGGUCGUGCCUGCCUACAACGAAGAGUUACGAAUGCCUGUGAUGAUGGAGGAAGCCAUGGGAUACUUGGAGAAUCGACAGAAACAGCAACCGUUGUUUACCUAUGAGGUUAUAGUGGUGGAUGACGGCAGCAGAGACAGAACCACCCAGGUUGCCUUGCAGUACACCAAGAAGUAUGGGGAAGACAAAGUGAGGGUCCUCACCCUGGUGAAGAACAGAGGAAAGGGAGGGGCUGUGCGGAUGGGUACCCUGUGCUCCCGAGGUAAGCUCAUUCUGAUGGCAGACGCGGAUGGGGCCACCAAGUUUGCCGACGUGGAGAAGGUGGAGGCCGGCCUCCACCUCGUAAACGCCACACCGGACAACAUGGCCAUCUCCUGUGGUUCCAGGGCACAUCUGGAGCAGGAGGCAGUUGCGUUGCGUUCUAUGUUUCGUACCUUCCUAAUGUACGGAUUCCAUUUCCUGGUUUGGUUCUUCUGUGUGAGAGGCAUCAAAGACACACAGUGUGGCUUCAAACUAUUCACUCGUGAGGCCGCGCUCAAGACCUUCACCUCACUACACGUGGAGCGAUGGGCCUUUGAUGUAGAGCUGCUGUACAUCGCCCAGUGCUUUAAGAUCCCCAUAGCAGAGGUGGCUGUCAACUGGACAGAGAUAGAAGGUUCUAAGCUGGUCCCAGUGUGGAGCUGGUUACAGAUGGGUCGAGACCUGGUGUUCAUCCGGCUGCGUUACAUCACUGGUGCCUGGAGACUGGAAGCCCCACACAAGACCAACUAGACCAGCCAAUCCCAGCAGCCCCUCCACACACUGUCUCAGCCUGUGAAAGACAGAUGGGACUGAUUCACUGUAAACUCAGCUGUGUCAAAAUUGUCUAAAGUGGCUGCCUCUCCUCAUGUCCCCCCCUUAAACCACAGGAGACGUUGAAUGCAUUAUGAAGCUGAGUUAGACAACCAUGUGUCUGAACGGCUGGAAAAAAAAAUUUCUACAUAUUGUAGGUUUUAAUUUUAUUCACCUGAACACCCAGAUCUCAAUUAGUCUCUGUUUAUAAGAUUAGAAGCAGAAGUGUUUCUGACAUCCAGGAAGGGAGUUGGAGCUCUGUUACAGAGGAUGUUCACUCCAAGUUAACUUUCACCGGUCCCCUUUUAAUAUCCUGGGGAGAUAGAGGAGAGGGGAUGAGAAAAGGAAGUCUCUUUGGGCUAUUCAGAUGCACCAAUGGACUGGAGUUUGUGGGAGAGCUAUGUUCUUUUUUUCAACUUUGCCAUUGGUUGAGAAAUCUUAAGAUUGAUAGGUCCUGGCUUGACACGCCGUUAGUCAGGUGGUGAAUCCUAGUUCGUUUUUGUCACCGGAGUGUGUUUUUUGUGUCCAUGGUAACACUCAUAAGACACCACGGGUCUCGAUGAGUGCACUGUAUGAUAAAUCUGUUGCAUAUUUUUUUAUUUCCAUAUGAAAUAAAAGAGAACUGUUGCCAAGGUGUUUUUGGGGCAGUGUUUCUUAAAUCUGGUCCUGGGGUCUCAGAUGGUGCACAUAAGCAGUGCUUUGACCUGGCAUUACCACACGUUCGCUUCUCAACAACCAGUAACUUUCAUGUGGUGAUUCACUGAGGGAUUAAAAUGAUUUUUUUUAUUUUUUAUUUUAUUGACUUUUUUAAAUCCUGAAUUACGUUGGUUUACUUUUCAAAGUAAUAUUAGAGGUGGGUGAUGGCCAAGGGGUUGUAUAUGUGGCUUGAUGUAGAAAAAUGGGCUGAAUUACUUCAGCCAAAUGAAAUAAAUGUCCUUGAAUGAUCAGA